AUGACUGAGCACGGCUCCGCGUCCGAUAAGGCCGAGAGGCCCCCGGUCAAGUCCAACUCGACAGCUUCGGCUGCAAAAUCCUACGUCUCGGUGCCCGUCACUGGAGUUCAUCCAUAUGGAAGUUUACAGAUCCAUCAACAGCCCGGACCGAGGCAAGGGCCCGAACCGGGUAGUGCGGAUGGCAUGCCCGCUCUUUCAUCUGAUGACCUGCUCGGUGAGGGGGACGUGUUCCUCAUCCUCGACCUGCCCAAGGGCUUCACGGUAGGUUGCGACAUGGCGGCGCUCACCCUCGAGACUGCGCGUCCGGUGCUGGGCUUCCGCGGCCUGCCGCCCGGGGCGCACCUGGUCUGGGUGUCGGAUCCGCAGCAGAUGUCGCGCUGUGGCUACUGGUUCGUCACGGCCAAGCAAGGGGGUGCCGGCAUGGUGAGGGUCAAGCAGUGGGAUCGGUACAAUGAGGUGCUGGGCGAGCCGGCGAGCCAGUUCGAGGCCAGGAGCCACAGGGACAAUCUUGCAAGUUUCUACCAGAAACUGCUUCCCUACAACAUCUGGCAAGACGGCCCUCGUCGCUCUUCACCGUUCCUGCCCAAGGACCACCCGAGCAGGGACACGUCCGACCUGGACCCGGACCUGGGCAUCGACAAGGCCGCCGUAUGGCACCACCUCACAUCCUCCGUCACCGAGGAUCUCCUGAGGCGCGUGACAGGCUGCCCCCUCCCGGACACGCGCGAGUGGCGGGUCGACACGACCGACACGACCAAAGGGGAGGUCAACUUUGCCCAGGCCAGCAAGCUCUUCAAGGCCGUCGUGGGCAGCGAGCUGACGUUCCUGUUCCCCCGCGACGAUUCCGGGCUCGACUUGAACCAGCUCACCACGGGUGAGAAGCCAGCGUCGCCCGACACAACCGCGCUCGUCACCUCGGUCAUCGACCGGCGCGAGGACGUGUCCGAGGCCGACGCCGUCGGCGAGCUGCAGUUCGCCUUCCUGACCGCCGUCCACCUCGGCAACCCGUCGUGUCUGGACUACUGGCUCCACUUUGUUCUGCGCGUGCUGCUGCGCGCGCACCGCCUCGUCGUCGACCGGCCGGCCCUCGCGCGGUCACUGAUCACGACACUGCGCGCCCAGCUCGUCUACAGCGACCGCUAUGUCAACGCCUCGUCAUCAUCAUCAUCAUCCUACUCCUUCUCCUCCUCCUCCUCCGCCGCCGCCACCGCCGACAACGACGACGCAGCAUCCCGGGGCAUCAUGGACAGCCUCCCACAGAACAGCAAGAGCCGCCUGCGCGAGGCUCUGGUGCUGUACAAGCGGCGGCUGAACGAGUCGCUGCUGCAGCUCGGCGACGCCGUCACCCAGCCGCAGGCUGCUGUCGGCCACGCUUUUGCCGACCUCGAGGCCUGGUUCUGGAAGUACGGCUGGGACCUGAGGAGCGGCUACGUGCCGCCGCCGCGGGGGGCUGAGACGUCGGCGGCGGGUGGCGAUGAUGAUGAUGACGACGAAGACGAAGACGACGAUAACCAGAUGCAGUCAACACAGCACAAGUACAAGCGGCGGCCUGGCCUCGAGACGCACGAUGAUGGUGACAGCGAUGACGAAGAGUAUCUUCCCGUCGUCGUCGAGCUCGACGACGAUGGACGACAGGUUGGGCUGGUUUCGUGGAACACGUAG